AUGUCGGACUACGACAUUGAUUCUAUUAUUUCAAAUUUAUUUUCACCCGAUGAAACUAAUUGGACACCGUCAAAGAAAAUUCCUAUUAUAUUAAAAGAAAUUGAAAAGGCUAAAGCUGAAAUGAAAGUAUUUUUGAACAAUAACGAUUUUGAUAUAGCAGCUGUUUUGAAAGAGGGAAAUGAUUUGUGUGCUGAAAGUGAGGGUCUAGUUGAAGAAAUGGAGGCUUGUAAACAAGAAAUAGAAACAGUGACUAUCGUGGAAAUUCUUAAAUCUAUAGAAAGUCAUGAUUUGAUUGCCAAGGAACUAGAAUCAGUUAAGUUCGCAUGUAAUAUAGUUAAUGAUAUUAUACAUUGUGGAAAAUAUUUAAAGGAAUUUGACGAGGGAAAAGAAGUCCAGAGCUUCACAAGAGCAGUGGAAGCUGUAUAUGAUUUACUUAUGUUUGUUGAAAAUCCAACUGAUGGUUUCGACCAGUUGGAAAUAUACAGCAAUGCUAAAGUUACUGGACAAUUGAUUUUAGAAAAUAUAAUCCGAGAUUUGUUUUUGGAAUGGGACAGAAUGGUUAGUUUCAAUUCAAGACCUGAUGAUAAAAAUCCAUCAAUUACCACAGUCACCAUAACAUUGGCACUGAAUGAAUCUUUGUUUAGCAUAGAUGUGUUAAAUGCUUUAGACAAAUGUAAGAAACUAGACGAACGGGUCAAUGAAUUGGCACAAUUUAUUAUGAAGGAGGUUCUUACACCGUACAUGCAUGAGUAUUGUCUGACUUAUUCAGAAACAGAUGACGUACUUGUUGUUACAGUGUCCAUAGAAGAUAAAAAGGACUAUAUGCCAACUUAUGAUGAAGUAAUAACGAAUGUUCGAUUAUUCUUCCAUUAUUUAAGCGAAAAGUUGACUGUAGAGUUUAAGAGAUCAACAACAGUGAUGAGUUUAAUUGGUCGUCAGCUCCGUGACGAAUUCACAGACAUGAUCGUUAAAGAAGUCUUCAUUCAUACAGUGCCCUGCAAUAUUACUGAUUUACAAGCUUAUAACGAAGUGACAGCAGUAAUAGGCAAUUUUCAAAUGUUCCUAUCGUCAGUGCACUUCUAUCCUGAGGAGGGCUACUCUAUGCUGGACUAUAUGGAGAAUAUAGACUUACUAUUUGCCCUACGAUCUAGCCAAUAUUUUCUAGAAACCGCUAGAAGUAUCAUGCUAAAGGAUUUAAGUGUUUCAAUGUCGAUUGGUGUGGAAAAGGUUCCUGAAGGCGGCAAAUUAAGGAGAGAAAGCGCUCAGGAAUAUAAUGAAGCAUUGGCUCUUUUGGAUACAACAAUACCUAGCAGUCUCUUCUAUUUUCCAAGGUGUAUGAUAUCCAAGACUGCACAGGAGUUAUUAGAUCAUGUAUAUGGGGUGAUGGAGCAAGCAGUUCAGUGUUCUGAUGUGGUCUGCAAAAAGCUGUAUAACACAGUGAGGUUGAUUUUCGAGUUGUAUGACGCUGUGGUGCCGUACCAUCAUGAGAAUUUCCUGCUCACAAUUCCACAAUAUGUUGCUCUCUUCCACAACAACUGCAUGUACCUAGCGCACAACCUGCAAACGCUCGGAGACAAAUGGAUGAACCUCCUGGAGGGGCGCGAGGUGACGUAUGCUAUAAGCUUCGUGGACCUCGUGCAGAAGAUGAGGGACCUCGGAUAUAAGUACUUGACGAUGCAGAUGCAGCAGCAACGGAAACAGAUAUUGGAUAAUAUACGGACGUCUGAUCUAAACUGUAUAGUAGUGAAGGAUGUGCUAAGCGCGAACGCAGAGGCGGCUAUUCGUCAGUGUUUGCGGCAGUUGCAGAUAUUGAAGAAUGUCUGGAUAGGCGUAUUCCCCUCCAAUGUGUUUACUAGACUAAUGGCAACACUUGCAACGAUGUUUCUGGACGAAUUGAUCCAUCGCGUGUGCACGGUGGAGGACAUCUCCGUAGAGAUGGCAACCCAACUCACUGAUAUGUAUAACCUUGUUGUGCUGAAGAUACCGCAACUAUUUCAUAGACCAUCGGACGUCGAGAAGAACGUACCACCGUGGCUAAAGUUCAAAGAGUUGAUCUUCGUGCUCGGCGCCUCACUUCGCGACCUUGAGAGUCACUGGAAAGAUGGCACUGGACCACUUGCAAUUCACUUCAACACGGAAGAACUGAGGAACUUAAUAAAAGCCCUGUUCCAAAAUACACAAUACCGCGCAAAUUUCUUGUCAAAAAUUAAAUAGAUGUCUAUGUUUGUCUAUGAUUCUUGUAUUCGGUGUUUAAAUUAAAGGUGUUUAAUAGC